CUCUCUCUCUCUCUCUCUCUCGCCUGCCGUAGUUGCUUUUCCAACCCCACUUCGCUUCCACUGCACAUCUUGCCUCGCCCACUCCCAGUCUCGCACCCGGCCCGAGACACCGAAGCAGGAGGCGGAGAACCCCGGCUUGCGAUGGCCGCGCCGCCGCCGAAGCAGGAGGAGCUGCAGCCGCACGCGGUGAGGGACCAGCUGCCGUCCGUCUCCUACUGCCUCACCAGCCCUCCCCCAUGGCCCGAGGCCAUCCUGCUCGGCUUCCAGCACUACCUCGUCAUGCUCGGCACCACCGUCAUCAUCCCCACCGCACUCGUCCCCCAGAUGGGCGGCGGCAAUGAGGAGAAGGCGCGGGUGGUGCAGACGCUGCUCUUCGUCGCCGGGAUCAACACGCUGCUGCAGAGCUUCCUCGGCACGCGCCUCCCCGCCGUCAUCGGGGGCUCCUACACCUUCGUCGCGCCGACCAUCUCCAUCGUCCUCGCCGCGCGCUACGACGGGAUCGCCGACCCCCACGAGAAAUUCAUUCGGAUCAUGCGGGGCACGCAGGGCGCGCUCAUCGUGGCCUCCACGCUCCAAAUCAUCAUGGGCUUCAGUGGGCUCUGGCGCAUUGUCGUCAGACUGCUGAGCCCGCUCUCGGCCGCGCCCCUCGUCGCGCUCGUCGGAUUCGGGCUCUAUGAGCUUGGAUUUCCAAGUGUUGCGAAAUGCGUUGAGAUCGGUCUUCCACAGAUUAUACUACUUGUGGCUCUCUCCCAGUACAUACCCAAUCUGGUACCCUUAUUGGGGACUGCCUUUGAGCGGUUCGCCAUCAUAAUGUCGGUUGCCAUUGUGUGGCUGUAUGCGUUCUUCCUGACUGUUGGUGGGGCGUAUAAGAAUGUUGCUCCGAAAACCCAAUUCCACUGCCGCACUGAUCGAUCUGGGCUUGUUGCGGGUGCUUCCUGGAUAAGUGUACCAUAUCCAUUCCAAUGGGGAGCACCAACCUUUGAUGCUGGUGAAUGUUUUGCCAUGAUGGCAGCUUCUUUUGUUGCUCUUGUGGAGUCUACAGGUGCAUUCAUUGCGGUUUCACGGUAUGCCAGUGCAACACCAUGCCCUCCUUCUGUUAUGAGUCGUGGCAUUGGUUGGCAGGGGGUUGGUAUUCUGCUGGGUGGCUUAUUUGGAACAGCUAGUGGGUCCUCUGUAUCUGUAGAAAAUGCUGGGUUGCUAGGUUUGACACGCGUUGGCAGCCGACGUGUAGUGCAGAUUUCUGCUGGAUUCAUGAUAUUCUUCUCUAUUCUUGGGAAAUUUGGAGCUGUUUUUGCAUCAAUUCCAGGACCAAUAAUUGCAGCUAUAUAUUGUCUUCUCUUUGCAUAUGUUGGUAUGGCAGGGAUUGGGUUCCUUCAGUUUUGCAACCUCAACAGCUUCCGGACAAAAUUCAUCCUGGGGUUCUCCUUGUUUAUGGGUUUCUCUGUUCCACAGUACUUCAAUGAGUACACCUCUGUGGCAGGAUUUGGCCCAGUACACACGCACGCAAGAUGGUUCAACGAUAUGAUCAACGUGGUUUUCUCCUCGAAAGCAUUUGUCGGAGGCGCCGUAGCUCUUCUCUUGGACAGCACCCUGCACAGGCACGACAGCACUGCCAGGAAGGACCGGGGACACCAUUUCUGGGACAGAUUCAGGUCCUUCAAGACAGACCCGCGCAGCGAGGAGUUCUACUCCCUACCUUUCAACCUCAACAAGUUCUUCCCUUCCUUCUGAUUGGUGUUGGUAACAGAAAAUGGAAAUGAAACACGGUUAGGUCUUGCCUCUCAGGAAGUUACAUCAUGGAUGCGAACCCUGUGUUUCGCCCUGCUGCUGUUUUGUGCCUAGUUCUGAAUCCUGCAGAGCUGAGUGUAGUAGUAAACUGUUGUGAAAAACAAGAGGUGAUAUUCUUUGAUGUAUAUGAGGUUACCAAUGAAGGUGAUAUUUUUGGAUGAAAAACGAGUAGCUUGUUAUGGAAUUUUUGAAUUUUUAAACUAAUCGCAAACCUUUAAGAUA